GAGGUGCCGGGGGGCGGGGGAGGCUACGGAGCGGGCGGUGUCGGCGGCGGCGCCGAGGAGCCAGCGGCUGGGCCCCGGGCUCCGUGCGUCUGUCCGCGCCCGGUGGAUGCGAAUCGGCUGCGGCGGCGGCGGAGGAGGAGGAGUUGGUGGGAGCGCGGAGAAUGAGGCCGCUGCCGGGCGCUCCCGGCGUGGCGGCGGCCGCCGCGCUGUUGCUGCUACUGCUGCCUCGGGCCCGGGCGGACGAGCACGAGCACACGUAUCAAGAUAAAGAGGAAGUUGUUUUAUGGAUGAAUACUGUUGGGCCCUACCAUAAUCGCCAAGAGACGUAUAAGUACUUUUCACUUCCAUUUUGUGUGGGGUCAAAAAAAAGCAUCAGUCAUUACCAUGAAACUCUGGGAGAAGCACUUCAAGGAGUUGAAUUGGAAUUUAGUGGGCUGGAUAUUAAAUUCAAAGAUGAUGUAAUGCCAGCCACUUACUGUGAAAUUGACUUAGAUAAAGAAAAGAGAGAUGCAUUUGUGUAUGCUAUCAAAAAUCACUACUGGUACCAGAUGUACAUAGAUGACUUACCAAUAUGGGGUAUUGUUGGUGAAGCAGAUGAAAAUGGAGAAGAUUACUAUCUUUGGACCUACAAAAAACUUGAAAUAGGGUUUAAUGGAAAUCGAAUUGUUGAUGUUAAUCUAACUAGUGAAGGAAAGGUGAAAUUGGUUCCCAAUACUAAAAUCCAGAUGUCAUAUUCAGUAAAAUGGAAAAAGUCAGAUGUGAAAUUUGAAGAUCGAUUUGAUAAAUAUCUUGAUCCAUCCUUUUUCCAACACAGGAUUCAUUGGUUCUCAAUUUUCAACUCCUUCAUGAUGGUUAUCUUUUUGGUGGGCUUAGUUUCAAUGAUUUUAAUGAGAACUUUAAGAAAAGAUUAUGCCCGGUACAGUAAAGAAGAAGAAAUGGAUGACAUGGAUAGAGACCUAGGAGAUGAGUAUGGAUGGAAGCAGGUGCAUGGAGAUGUGUUCAGACCAUCAAGUCACCCACUGAUAUUUUCUUCUCUCAUUGGUUCUGGAUGUCAGAUAUUUGCUGUGUCUCUCAUUGUUAUUGUUGUUGCAAUGAUAGAAGACUUAUAUACAGAGAGGGGAUCAAUGCUCAGUACGGCCAUAUUUGUCUAUGCUGCUACGUCUCCAGUGAAUGGUUACUUUGGAGGAAGUCUGUAUGCUAGACAAGGAGGAAGGAGAUGGAUAAAGCAGAUGUUCAUUGGGGCAUUCCUUAUCCCAGCUAUGGUGUGUGGCACUGCCUUCUUCAUCAAUUUUAUAGCCAUUUAUUACCAUGCUUCAAGAGCCAUUCCUUUUGGUACAAUGGUGGCCGUUUGUUGCAUCUGUUUUUUUGUUAUUCUUCCUCUAAACCUCGUUGGUACAAUACUUGGCCGAAAUCUGUCAGGUCAGCCCAACUUCCCUUGUCGUGUCAAUGCUGUGCCUCGUCCCAUACCGGAGAAAAAAUGGUUUAUGGAGCCGGCAGUUAUUGUUUGCCUGGGAGGAAUUUUACCUUUUGGCUCAAUCUUCAUUGAAAUGUAUUUCAUCUUCACAUCUUUCUGGGCAUAUAAGAUCUAUUAUGUCUAUGGCUUCAUGAUGCUGGUGCUGGUCAUCCUGUGCAUUGUGACCGUCUGUGUGACCAUCGUGUGCACGUACUUCCUGCUAAACGCAGAGGAUUAUAGGUGGCAAUGGACAAGUUUUCUCUCUGCUGCAUCAACUGCAAUCUAUGUUUACAUGUAUUCCUUUUACUACUAUUUUUUCAAAACAAAGAUGUAUGGCUUAUUUCAAACAUCAUUUUACUUUGGAUAUAUGGCGGUAUUUAGCACAGCCUUGGGGAUAAUGUGUGGAGCAAUUGGUUACAUGGGAACAAGUGCCUUUGUCCGAAAAAUCUAUACUAAUGUGAAAAUUGACUAGCAACCCAAGAAAACCUGGAACUUUGGAUCAGUUUCUCUUUCACAGGGGUGGAACUUGCACAGCAAAAAAAAAAAAAAGCGCAAGAAGAGAUUUAGGCGUUAACAGUGGGUACUUUGUGGGUCUGUCUUUCAUGGACGGCGUCAAGUAACAUCUAUUUCCAUUGAUCCUAGGUUCUUACUGACUGCUUUCUCCAACUGUUCACAGCAAAUGCUUGGAUUUUAUGCAUUAGGCAUUACUACAGUACACGGCUGAUCUUCCCCAAAAGUAGCUCAUUAAAGAUGAUAGACCAGCUCUCUUCAGUGAAGAGGACAAAUAGUUUAUUUAAAGCAUUUGUUCCAAUAAAAUAAACAGAGGGAGACUUGGAUGCUAAAAUUACAUAAAUAGAAAUCUUCCUGGCACUUAGUAUUUCUACGUUACUGAAAAAUGAUGUUCCAGAAAGAUUACUUUUGUCUCUUAUUUUUACUGCUAUCAUCAGCCUAUUGUGGGACACUUUUAUAUACUGAAUCUGGGUUUGCUUUUGACCUGUUUUUUUUUUUUUGAUUCAACUGCAUCCUUUUUUUAAAAGAGAGAAUUAAAAAUAUUAAAUUCUGCAUGUAAUAUAUCUGCUGUCAUCACAGUUGGACCAACUUCCCAUUUAUUUAUCUUAAAACUAACUAGUUACAUCUUAAUUCCAUCCAAAGAAGAUACAGUUUGAAGAUAGAGGUGUACUCUCUACAAUGCAAUUUACUGUACAGUUAGAAAGCAAAGUGUUAAAUGGAGAAGAUAUUUGUUUUUAUUAAACAUUUUGAGAUUUAGAUAAACUACAUUUUAACUGAAUGUCUAAAAUGAUUAUUUUUUUCUCCCUCUUCCCCAAGUUAGUCUUACAUCUUUUUUGGGUUUGAAUGAAGGUUUUACAUAAGAAAUUAUUAAAAACAAGGGGGUUGGUUAAUAAAUGUAUAUAACAUUAAAUAAUGUAAUGUAGGUGUAGAUUCCCAAAGCAUUUGGAUGUACAGAUCGACUUCGGAGUACUUUUUUCUGAUGAUGAUUGGUGUAGAAAUUUGUGAAUUUGGGUGGCUUUUUACAUCUUGCCUACCACUGCAUGAAACAUUGGGGUUUCUUCAAAAUGUGUGUGUCUUCUUUUGGGGGGGGGUUGUUUUCUUCUGUUUCUUUUCUGAGACUCCUACAGGAGCUAAAUUUGUAAUUUAGAAACAUUUAAUUUUGUUAAUCCUGUCUGGGGCACUUAAGUAACAUCUAAAGCAUUACUGCUUUAGAGUGUUAAAAUAAAAUUUCCUGACCAAAUUGUUUUGUGAAAAUAGAUGUGUUUGCAAUUUAAAGCUAUCUUUUCAAAAGGCAGUAUUACUGAAUACAUUUUUGAGUAUAUUAUAAAUUAUGCUUUUCUAAUACAGGGAACCCACACUUUCAAGUCCUCAAACUUGCUCACACCUAUUGAUAGGUUAUCCAGUACCGUCACAGACCGAGUGACAAACCCUUUGCAUGAAACUGUGGCACACAGAUCUGUCCAGGUUGGUGUCCUGUGUGAAGUGGGAAAGGGGUAGGAGUGGUUAGCUUACUAUCGGGUGGGCAAAUAAAGGUCACAGUUUUUCUAAGAGAAGUGAUUUUAAUUUUGAAUGCAUCUUUCUGGAACUAUUCAUAAUGUGAAGUUUUCCUAGAACCAUUGAGUUUCUAGUUUAAUAGUUUGCUAUGCAAAUGACCACCUAAUAAUACUGUAUAUUGGUAUUUUUAGAAAGAGUCAAAACAGCUAUAUUUAAACCUUAUUGUGAAACUCAUGCCAUUGAUAGUUACAUAAGAUGUUUUCAUUACAAAAUAUGUUUAUAAAUUAAUGGACUCUGCAUUCGAUCAUGUGGUAUGUAAGGACUACAAUGAGUGAAAAGUUUGAUUUCUUAACCACGUAUGUGUGGCUGACAAAUUUGGUCAGAAGCUGUAGGUAAAUCUUCAUGCCAAAAUAUUAUAUUAAAUAUAAUACACUGGUUCUUCCAUUUUCUCUUCUUACCUGCCUUUAAGAUCUUACAGGGAAAACUAAAAGUCAGUAUUGAAUGGCUUAUAUUUCUAACUACAUGUAAAGUAUAUAUAACGGUAUGUAGUCUGUCUGAUGGAGUGUAAGUUGGACAGCAAAAUUUUGUUGUAAUAAAAUGAAAUUUGUUUUUCAUGAGUCUUGCAGGUAAGAUGUAGGGUUUUUAGAGAAGGAGUGGUUUAGCUGCUUUCAGGUACACCAUUUUCUAUUAAAUUGAGCUCUGUUUGAAAUCCUGGGAUUUUCAGUGAAAAAUAAUUUUCUAAUUUCUUCAUAUAAAAAGCUCCAUUAAAAUGAAUAUAAAUCACCUUGUAAAGUCCUUUAGAAAAUAUUUAUUGAUUUAUGGCUUCAUAUGAUAGCUGGAUGUGGUGUGUCUUGAAGGAGAUGUAAUUUGCAAAUGGUUUAGCUCCCUAGUUCUCAGUUGUAGACUAGUAAAAUAAAAUACUAUUUAAAGUUAAUUAAAGGGUGGGGUUUUUCUACUUUAUUAAUGCUGAGUACCUGUCUUUCAUUUGUUAACAUUAUUUGCUCAACUUCCCAACUGAUGCUUUGUGAAUACUAUAAAAAACUAAAGAAACUUUCCUCUUGUACCUAUAAGCAUAUUUCUCCUAAAAUUUAGCUACAUUAGUAAUUGACAAUCCUACAAGAGUGGGAUUAGGUGGAAAUGUAAUGGCUGGAGGGAUGGUAAAAUGUUCUCUAGUAGAUCAUGUUGGGCUCCUAGAUUGUACUGGAUUUGCCCAUAAGCCAAGCCCCAUACUCUUAGAACCCAUUAUUCUGUAGUGGUACCUGAGUGGUGAAUGGUAUAUUCUCCAAGCAAAUGGUAUGCUUGGGUGUUUUCCAUUGGGAGUGGAUGGACCUCUUUAUAAAGGUGGUUGCCACAAAAUCCAGUUCUUCCAAAAGCCACUUUAUUUAGGGUUCAUUCACCAAUUGUAUUCAUUUUGAUAAAACUUUUAUUUCUUAAAUGUGUACUAUCUACCUUAUGCCGAAUGUCUUGCAAAUAAAUGUUACUUUAAAGUUUCCUGAAUUUUUACAAAAUGUAAAAAGGAAAGAUGCAUUAAUGUAAUUGGUUCAGGAAAAACCACAUACUUAAGGGCUUCUUUCUGUAAUGAAGUCCAGGAAAGAAGAGCCUUCUGUCAUCUGUACACUGUGCUUGUGGUUCCAUCUGGGUGUUAAGUUUAGAUUUUCGUGUGUCUUUGUGCUUCAUUUUAUUGAUUUAUUGGAACACAUAAUAAAUAGGAAUAAUGUAUGAAAA